GUUCGGAAACCUGGAGUUGGCGCAAGAAGCGCUGUACUUCGGUCUGGAGGUCGAUGCCCGCUCUGAAAACCUCCAAACUCCACUGAUGUGGGCAGCCACGCGGGGGCAGCUCAAGGUUGCAAAAGUCCUCCUUGAAGCCAAAGCAGACCCCCACGCUCAGGCAGUCCGGUGGGGCAUACCUGUGGGUUGA